AUGGACAAAAGGAAAUCGUCGGCAACCGUUGCUAGUGGCUCAUCCUCUUCCUCCACUACUAAUAAAUCCAAUGAAUCAUCAUCAUUUUCGUAUGCCGCUAGUGAACCAGUCGUGGCAGUUGACACCACUACCACAAAUCAAGAUGCCAUGCUGUCCCAACGUGUCCAUCGGGUUCUACAAAAUUAUCUUCUCGUAUGGCUCGAUGCUAAUAUGGAUGAAUCAAAGAAAGAUUUUAAAAAUGCAUUGAAACGUCUCCGGCAUAUUGUAACAUCAAUUACAAUCUUUACCAAUGCCCGACAAUGCAUAGAUUUUCUUCGUGAAAUUAAUAAUGAAAAAGUAUUCAUGAUUGUAUCUGGCUCACUGGGACAACAUAUAUUACCGACAAUUCAUGAAUGGCCACAAUUAGAUUCCGUUUAUGUCUUCUGUAGAAAGCAAUCCGUUCAUGAACAAUGGGCCAAGACAAUGUCAAAGGUAAAGGGUGUCCAUAAUCAUGCCAAGUUAAUUUGUGAAGCAUUACAAAUCGAUCGUGAACGAUGUGAUCAAGCAAUGAUUUCAAUGAGUUUUCAUGGUAAUGAUGUAUCGUUUAUGUACACACAAUUAUUUAAGGAAGCUUUUUUGAAAAUUGAUUAUGACGAUACUAAAUCCAUCCAAGAACUUGUUGAGUAUUGCCGUCUUCAAGAUGAUAUUCCUGAAGACGAAAUUAAAAAGAUCGAACAAAACUAUCGUGAUCAUACACCCAUUUGGUGGUAUACAGCUCCAUAUUUUAUUUAUUCGAUGCUCAAUCGAGGUCUUCGAAUGCUUGAUAUCGAUAUUAUACUCAAAAUAGGCUUCUUCAUUCGACAUCUAUAUGAAGAUAUUGAAAAGCAACAUCAUGAACAACAAUCAACAUCAGCAAGAGCAACAAGUAUAUUUGAAGUGUAUCGAGGUCAGGAUUUUUUAUUUCAACUUCUAAUUGAUCAUCGUUUUUUUUUUAAUUCAAAUAAUUUUGUUCUAUGUUAA